CAAAAGUGGGCUGAAAUGUAAGGACUGCAAUGUAAAUGGAUUUACCAUUAAUUAUUUUUUAUUUGUUUGCACACACAUUUAAUAUCUUGCAAGAAAAACAAGGAUUCUGGAAAACAUCGCACUGUUUAGUGUUCAGGGGUCACGGUAGCCAGAGCCUAACCCUAAUUUUAACUGCUCAUUUUAGACAUAUAAUGUGUUUUAAUACAUUAUGUGCUUAUUUAUUAUUUUUUUCUUUCUUUUCUUUUUUCCCUUUUAUUUUACCAGAAGCACCUAAAGUGAUAUAACAAAGAAUAUAGACUAACCUAGGAAAAUAUACGGAGCUAAAAAUAUUAACAAAAUAUAAUAUUAAUUGUUUUUCUCACUUUAAAUUUAAAAAAAUGUACCUGUGUAGGUAGAUGUUUUCCAGGAAACAGUUCAAUUGGUGCACAAACUGCAAAUCGCCGCAUACGAAGCUCUUUGUCCCAGAAGCCCAUUGUAUCGAGAGGAGGAAACCCUGUGCGCUGGAGCAGCCAUCUUGAAUAGACAGAUCAUACUUGAGUCAGGAUAACCUGCACACCUCUUCUAAACAGCACCAGAACCCAAAGCUAAAAGACUUAUUUACUGAGCCACAAUGGCAACUGCACCAUAUAACUACUCCUACAUUUUCAAGUACAUCAUUAUUGGGGACAUGGGAGUAGGAAAGUCAUGUUUGCUUCACCAGUUCACAGAAAAGAAAUUCAUGGCAGACUGCCCUCAUACAAUUGGUGUGGAGUUUGGUACGAGGAUAAUUGAGGUGAGCGGACAGAAGAUCAAGCUGCAGAUUUGGGACACAGCUGGACAGGAGCGUUUCCGGGCUGUCACCCGCUCUUACUACCGUGGAGCUGCAGGAGCACUUAUGGUGUAUGACAUUACCAGGAGAAGCACUUAUAACCACCUCAGCAGCUGGCUGACUGAUGCUAGAAACCUGACCAACCCCAAUACUGUGAUCAUACUCAUAGGAAACAAGGCGGACUUGGAGGCUCAGAGGGAUGUUACGUAUGAAGAAGCUAAGCAGUUUGCAGAGGAAAACGGUUUGUUGUUUCUGGAAGCCAGUGCAAAAACAGGUGAAAACGUUGAGGACGCCUUCCUGGAAGCUGCUAAGAAAAUCUACCAGAACAUCCAGGAUGGCAGUCUGGAUCUAAACGCCGCAGAGUCGGGGGUUCAGCAUAAGCCAUCAGCCCCGCAGGGAGGCCGGCUAACCAGCGAACCACAGCCUCAGAGAGAAGGCUGUGGCUGCUAAUGACCAAGCAAAAGCCCCUUGUGCCCUCUUUUCCUGUCUCUGUCUAUUCUGCCUUCCCUUCCUUCAACCGAACCCCUCCCCUCCAUCCAUUCCAACACCGCCGUACGUUCAUCCUUCAUUGCACCAGGAGCUGCAUGAGAGCGAGCUGCAGACUGAAGGAACGGGGGACAAAUAUCAACUUUCCGGCUCAGGCUGAGCUGUGUGGACCUCAUCUACCCUCCUCCUCCUCCUCCUCUUCCUCUCUGCCUGUCUGUCUCCCUUUGUCACUGUCCUCCUCCUCAAAACUGUAUUUUUGUCCCAUAAUUCACUGCUCCUUCCUCUCCAGUCUACCUGCACUGUUCAGUCUCGUCCCUCCUCCCCAGUCAGUAGUAUUGUAGAUGCCACCGCUCAUUACUGGUCACUGUCACUUUAGGUAGAUAUGUUCAUAUGAUAACAACAAAGCAAGACUGUUUUUUAUGUUUGGUUUUAUAACUAUAUAUGAAAUGUAAACACUGCAUUAAUGAUCAGUUGUGUAUAAGUGGGAUCUAAAUGAUGUUCCCUGAUGUUCUUGCAUGUUUAAAUAUUCCAUCAUUUUAUCAAAACAUGCAGAUGAAUAUUAAAGGGGCCAUACCAUAACUUUUUGAGCUUUUAAGUGUAUUAUACUGUUCUAUCCUCACUAUAAGGAAACCCCAAAGUGGUAUUUUGAUCCGUUGACGCAUUUCUAAUUAAUCCCCUAAAAACCUGCGCUCUCACUACAGCCCCUCCCAUACCCACGAAGAGGAGCAGAUUCUCAUGAUCUGACGUCCCCUUUCAGGAAGAGUCUGCUCUGCCCCAGUCUAACACCCAAUUUCUCCACAGAGCUAGCGGUGAUCAGCAAAAAACUUUCAUUUUGGAUGCAGAAUACCGUGCAUCUUUCAAUAAAUUCCAGCUCAUACAGAUGUUCGUUACGUUAGACGUGGGGCUCCUUUAAGGCAGAUAUAUGGUAUGUGCAUCCAUCUUUGAUAGAAAAUUGGAUGUUUAUUUUCGUGGGAGAGACAAAGACAUGCUGCUGACUCUCGGAUGACAUCAUGAAACGGCAGGCGGAGCCUCAGGAAUCGAGUCGUUUACUAGGAAAAACAUACAAAAAACAACUCCUAUUUCAUAAAUAAUUUGUUUUUUAGUGUUCCAAAGGUAAUCUAUGAUCCUAUAUGGAUAUAGUUUACUCUGAAAGGCUUAAGAAAAUCAUGUUAUGGCCCCUUUAAAGAGUGCUGAGGCAGAAGCAGCCAGACUGGUGAGGACUUAAGUGUUAGUUUGGUCAUGUGUAGCUGAUCCAGCUUCUUCAGCAAACUUUGCUUUUAAUACAGGUUUGAUCACUUCAUAAAGAGCAAACCACAUGAAUCAGAAGAGACGAGAACGGGAUUAGUUUAGGAAACAGACCACAAAUGUUAGCAAGUACCCUGCAAUUCUCUCCUCAAAAAUUCCCCUGACCCUGCCGAAAAGUCACAGGAAACGGUGGUUUCCCCUCUGCCGGUCUGCUCUGCAAAGUUGGAUGAACGUUUCUUAGCAAAUAUGAAAAGCUUUUUCCGUUGUUGAUAAAAAGAUUGAUUUACUAUGUAUCCCCUCAAACCUCCCCGGUCGAAUCUGCAGAUUCUGUCUUUACCAGCUUUUCUCUGUCAUUGUUUGUUGCCUUAUUACAAUUAUUUUAGUCUUUGUUUUGGCUGCUCAUGCUUUUCACAUUGCUGUCGGGUUCACUCUUAAUUAUCAUCCCCAUUUUUUCUUUUUUUAAUUCUCGAAAUUGACGUCAAAACUCAAUAUUUCAAAAUGGUGUUUCGCAUUUAGAUGAACUGAAAGUCAAACUAAAAGGCCCUGCAUUCAUUUAUCUUGACCAAAAUGCACUGGAGAGCUGAUUUCUCAUUGCUCUGGGUAGAUUAAACUCUACCCAGAUAAAUCUUUAGAAACAUUAAACAAUCAACUCCUUUAAAAAAAAAAAAAAAACAACAAACAAGAAGUUCUGUACCAUAGAAAUUUCCUGAUUGGACGGCUGUACAUAUUGCUUCUUAACUGCCGGUGACGACAUCGCUACUGUAUUUUGGAUUUAUUUGGUGGCUCUGCCAAGAUCUGUACAGUUGGUGUGCUAGUGGGUUGCCUGUAAUUCAUGCUUGGGGAAAUUCUGUAACAUAGUUUCUAUUAAUAAAUGUAUUUAAAGGACAGACACUUACACCACCACCCUGCCUGCACACUACUGAUGCUGGGGAUUUAUUAUGAAGGAGAGAGGAAGACGAAUGACGAGAUGUGCAGUGUAUAUAUGUCAACAAAUGUCAAUUCCUCUCAUGUCUUUACGGACUAGACGAUGGGCCGGGUUUGUUUUGUUCAUUCAAUUCCUCCCGUACAUGGGGGGGAAACCUACAUCGCUGUCUUAAUUUUUUUGGGGGGGGAUUGGUUUGCUAUUGUGGAAAAUGGGUGGGCGGGGGGGCUGGGGGCUUUUUACUUCCUGUGUCCCACCUCUUUACAGUUUUGAGUGACCACAUCCUGCUUUUGUCUGUCCACAAAAAUGAGUGAUAAAAAAAACAACGUACAUAUGUAUAAAUUUUUAAGGAGCUGUGCUAACAUUUAAAUGCGUUCUUGCGUGUAUAUGAUUUUAAAUUGUUGACAUUUUGAUUUUAAAAUACUCUAGCCAGAAAAAUAAAUUAUACAUAACCAAA